AUGGUGACGGGCACAAGCUCGGAGAACUGUGAUAGCCGUGCCGUGCAGAAAUUCUGCUGCGCUCCCACGGACGAGGAGGCGCUCUACAGUGCCUUAAACCCGCCACAGAACGACUUGGACGAUGAUGAGGAACCCAUCAGGCAUAACGUCGCAGCGCAUGCUGCAUGGUUCGAUGGAGAGGAUCGCUUUGCUGCCCCUGCCAAGUUGGUGGUGAUUCUGGAGCGCGCAGCGUUGGAAAGAAGUCGUGAGCUCGUGGGAACUCACGCAAAAGCGCCGCGACCAGACCAUGAGUUGCAAUUUACCUUUGAUGCUCUUGAGACUCUGCUGGAUAGCCAGUUGAACGAGGCGGGGCGACUCAUCAUCUACCUCCACUCAGCAGAGGAAGUUAUCGUGGAGGUCCACCCUGGAUUCUGCAUGCCGUCCUCGUUGCAGCGCUUUGCUAAGAUCAUGCUGUCGCUUCUCCGGAGAAGACGCUUCACGGGGUCCACCCCAGAGGCUCCCGCGGUCUUGCGCGUUGUGGAUGGACCCUGGGACCAACUGAUUCCGAAGGGCACUGCUUGGUAUGCGCUCUCACCACAAGGUGAAAGCAUCCAUCUGAAGGAGUUCGUUCGAGACGUCGCCGGAUCGACAGGCUUCGGCUGCUUGCCCCCCAGCAGGUCCUCUGAGCGCGUCCCCGGGCGUGGCUCGGGGCGCGACUCAGGCGACGAGGACGUGGGGCACAUCGUGUUUUCCAUCGGAGCAUCGGCCGGGGACGCCACCAAGGACGCCACGUUCCGUGGGAACUCUUUGCAGAGGCUCUCCAUUUGCCCCUGGGAUCUAACCGGUGCGGCUUGCUGCCGGAUGCUGUGCAGUGAAUUUGAGUCGCUCUGGAACGUGCAUCGUUGUUAG